AUGAUUGCUUGUCUUUUAUCAGACAUUGAAUGUUCAACUACUAGUCGUUUGUAUAUAUCUUCAAGAAUAACAGUUACUAUACUAUUAAUUCCACUUGAAAUUGUACUUAAUGAUGCACUUAAUAUUGUAGCAAUAAAUAAUCCUGUUAAACCAGGAAAUCGUCCUAAUGUUUCAAUAACAAAUAAAGGAUAUAACUACAAACAAUAUUGUCAUUGA